CGGUCUGCUUCGGUUGCGUAGCUACUGCUGCAGCUCUCGGCAGAAGCGCGCGCUACGUGCUACAUGGCUCCACCAGCCGCGCGUGCGGUCGCGACAUUGGUGUGAAGAAGAAGAAGAAGGAGAAGAAGAAGAAGAGGAAGAGCGCCUCGUACUGGCGCCGAACCACCGAGCGGACCCGAUGAAGAGCCGCCCGUUACACACGCGCUGCUAGGCGGAAGGAAAUUCUAUCCGCGAUGUCCAAGAGCCUGAAGAAGAAAAACCACUGGACGAACAAAGUCCACGAAGCGGUGCUCACCCGCAACAAGGAGGGCGAGCUGGGCUUCGAGCUGCGUGGCGGCGCCGAGAACGGUAAUUUCCCUUACUUCGGAGAGGUGAAGCACGGAAAGGUGGCCAUCCAGAGCGGCAAGCUGUGCGCCGACGAGCUGCUCCUGGAGGUCAACGACACGCCGGUGGCUGGCCUCACCACCCGGGACGUGCUGGCCGUCAUCAAGCACUGCAAAGACCCGUUUCGCCUCAAGUGUGUGAAGCAAGGAGGUGUCGUAGAUAAAGACCUUCGCCAUUACCUUAACCUCCGAUUCCAGAAGGGCUCAGUGGACCACGAGCUUCAGCAGAUCAUACGGGAUAACCUCUACCUCCGCACUGUGCCCUGCACCACGCGACAACCGAAAGAGGGAGAGGUCCCAGGUGUGGACUACAACUUUGUGAGUGUCGACCGGUUUAUGGAAUUAGAGAAAAGUGGGGCUUUACUAGAGAGUGGAACAUAUGAAGAUAACUUCUAUGGCACGCCCAAGCCCCCGGCGGAGCCCACGCACAUGCUGUUUAAUGUGACUGACCAGCUGCUGCCAGGUGCUCGCCCCAGCGCUGAGGGGAAGAGGAAGAGGAACAAGUCAGUGAGCAACAUGGAGAAGGACAGCAUCGAGCCUCCAGAGGAAGAGGAGGAGGAGAGUCCUGUCGUUAAUGGCAACGGCAUUGCUAUCACGCCAGAAUCAAGUGAGCAUGAAGACAAGAGCACUGAUGCGUCAGGCGACGUGCCCCCGCAGUCGUGCCCCACCGAGACACCCACCCUGACAGGCACAGACGCUCCUGAAGAGGAACACGAUGCCCCGAAAUCCCCGGCCGACUCACAGGGCAACGACGAGCUCGGGCCGCUACCCGACAACUGGGAAAUGGCCUAUACAGAGAAAGGAGAAGUCUACUUCAUUGAUCACAAUACCAAAACAACAUCAUGGCUUGAUCCUCGAUUAGCCAAGAAGGCCAAACCACCAGAGGAAUGUGAAGAUGACGUAUGUUCUAGCAGGCAGAAGUUCAGUUUGCAACUGAAUACAUAUGGACAUGUCGAGCUGCCGUAUGGCUGGGAGAAAAUAGACGACCCUAUAUAUGGCAGUUACUAUGUGGACCACAUUAACAGGAGGACGCAGUUCGAAAACCCCGUCCUGGAGGCCAAAAGAAGAAUUCAGCAGCAGCAGCAAAUGCAGAGCCAAGGCCUGUCAUCCCUGCCGCUGCCCACCAUCUACAGAGAGAAGCCUCCGUUCACGCGAGAUGCCACACAGCUGAAAGGCACAUUUCUGUCCACGGCACUGCAGAAGAGCAACAUGGGCUUCGGCUUCACCAUCAUCGGCGGCGAUGAACCGGACGAGUUCCUGCAAGUGAAGAGCGUCAUUCCAGAUGGCCCGGCUGCUCAGGAUGGCAAGAUGGCCACCGGCGACGUUAUCGUCUACAUCAACGACAUCUGCGUCUUGGGCACCACCCAUGCAGACGUGGUCAAGCUUUUUCAGUCGGUGCCCAUCGGCCAGAGCGUGACCCUCGUGCUGUGCCGAGGCUACCCGCUGCCCUAUGACCCCGAGGAGCCGUCAGCCAGCUCGACGGUGCCCCCUCUGGGCCUGGUGGACCCCUCGCUCCUGCUUAACGGACGCAGCAGCUACGAUAACUACAUGGAGUACAUGUCUCUGACUGGGCGCCUGCUUCCUGAGCACGGAGACGCUCUGUCCCAGGCGUCCCAUCCCGGAGACACACACCUGGACGGAUCGCAGCCGCCGUCCCUCAACACACCGGGGCCUCUACACGACGACGCUGUCUCCAUGGCAUCGUCGUCCGGGGCAACAGCCAGCGCUCAAGCAGCACCAGAGAUUCUGAGCCUCACCAUGACCAAAGGAGCUGAGGGUUUCGGGUUCACCAUCGCAGACAGUCCGACAGGCCAGCGGGUCAAACAGGUGCUGGAGCCGCAGGGGUGUCCGGGCCUGUGUCAAGGCGAUCUGAUAGUGGAGAUUAACCAGCAGGGGCUGCAGGGCCUCAACCACUCACAGGUGGUGCAGAUCCUGAAGGACUGCGCCGUGGGGACCGACGCCACCCUCGUCAUCCAGAGAGGAGCAGGAGCAGGACACUUCUCUUCCUGGGAUGGUGCCAAACAGUGGGACCCCCAGGGAAGCCCCCAGACCGGCCUCUCAGCCCCUGGCCUCCACCACACCGCUGCUCAUGUGGGCCAAACGCUGCACUGCACAUCAGCCCCUGACCCAGAUGGAGCUCACCUCAGCAAACCCGACCCCUACGACCUCUAUGAGAAAUCUCGAGCUUUAUACGAGAGCAGGCAGCCAGGCCCACCACGAACACUGACUGACUCUACAGCUGUAGAGUACCAGGAGGUAGAAGUUCACCUGCUGAGAGAGAAGACGGGCUUUGGCUUCCGCAUCCUCGGAGGAGACGAGGCGGUGCAGGCUGUGAGUCCGGAGGCCCGUGACAAGAUUGUCAUCGGAGCGAUUAUCGAGAACAGCCCAGCAGAGCGGGAUGGGCGUCUGCGCCCAGGUGAUGAGCUGGUGUCUGUGGACAGGAUGCUGGUGGCGGGUCGACCGCACAGCUACGUCAUCGACCUCAUGCAUGCGGCGGCACGCAACGGCCAAGUGACGCUUACUGUGAGACGCAGAGUUGUGCCUCAUCCCGGCCAGCCCUGUGGAGAGAACGGAUCAGCAGCCAAUCAGAGCAGCUCUCCCCGAGGCCGAGCCGUGUGUCCAGUCAACCUGCCGCCCACCACGGAUGUAGUCAUCCACCGCAAAGAGACCGAAGGCUUUGGCUUUGUCAUCAUCAGCUCCCUGAACAGACCGGAGAACACCACCACAAUCUCCGUGCCACACAAAAUCGGCCGCAUAAUCGAGGGCAGUCCGGCUGACCGCUGCGGGAAGCUGAAGGUUGGCGACCGCAUCAUGGCUGUCAACAAUCAGUCUAUUAUCAACAUGCCUCAUGCUGACAUUGUGAAGCUGAUCAAAGAUGCAGGACUCACUGUUACUCUGCACAUCAUCCCAGAGGAAGAUGUAAAUGGCCCCCACUCUGGCCCUACCUCAGAGAAACAGAGCCCCCUGGUGGUUCAGAAGCAGAGUCCCUCGACGUCUGCAACUCAGCCGAGUCCCAUUAUGGCCAACCCAAGCCCCCCAGCCCCCCAUCCGAGCCCCGCCACCACACAAUCCAGCCCCCAGCGAAUGGAGCCAAGUCCUGCAGGAGCACAGAGCACCACAUCAGUCACUCAGGCCAAUCAGCCUGCUAGUCAGCCCAGCCUCGAGACAGUGCACUCAGGCCCGAUGGUGAGUCAGGCAGCACUGGCGGGGGAUCAGAGUGUCCCUGUACCGAGCGUUCAGGCCGUCCCGGUUGUUUCGGGUAUCCCUGUUGUUCAGGGAAUCCCGGUCAUCCCAGGUGUCCCAGCUGUUCAACUUACCACCAUGGGUGGGGUGCCAGUCGCAGUGCCACCUCAGCUCUACCUCCAUGACAGCAGGUCGGAGGUAAAAGCCAGACAGGAUGUUAAACCGGAUAUCUGCCAGCCACCGUACACCGACUACAGACAGCCUCCAGUGGACUACAGACAUCCACCAGUAGCAGACUACAGACAGCCUCCGACUAUGGACUACAGACACCCGCCUCCUCUCAUCGACUACAGACAGCAUUCGAUCCCAGAUUACAGGCCACAGGACUACGAUUAUUUCACAGUGGAGCUGGAGAAGAGUGUGAAGGGCUUUGGCUUCAGCAUCAGAGGAGGGAGGGAGUACAAGAUGGACUUGUUUGUGCUCCGUCUGGCUGAGGACGGCCCUGCUAUUCGCAACGGCAGGAUGAGGGUCGGUGAUCAGAUCAUUGAGAUAAAUGGCGAGAGCACACGGGACAUGAGUCACGGCCGGGCCAUUGAGCUCAUCAAGGCGGGCGGCCGGCGAGUGCGUCUGCUGCUUAAACGGGGCAUGGGGCAGGUACCCGAAUAUGGAAUGGUACCUUCCAACCUUUCCAUGUGCAUGAAAAGCGACACUCUUGCCUCUCCCUAUUUCUUCAUAAUGGGACACACUAAAGACACGACGGUGCCACCUCCUGGAGUUCUGACCCUCCAGCCACCGCUGCCUUGCCGGAAGUAGCGUGGCUCCGUUAAUCGUCCUGUGCCCUUUGUCAUUGCCCGUCAUCUCACCCAGCCCUGCCCCCUGGAUUCGCUCCGCCCCCCUCCCCUCCCCUCCCCUCCCCCCUCUCUCUCUCUCACAGGCACUGCAUGAUGGGCCUGGACCAGACAUGGUGCUCACUGGAGGCCAGCUUAGCUCAGUGCCACCAGCAUUAUAGAGUUGCACACAGAGGAGGGGUGGCAGGUCCAUCCAGAAGAGCUGUGUAUAAACGGGAAGGAAAGUCCUGGAAAAGGAUAAACAGUGUCUGGUUUGAAGUCAGUGGAUGAAUGCCAGUCAUGGAUUGUCUGAUCCAGGUUUUUUUUAUGAUAAUGAAAAAGUGGAGGUGCCACCAGGCAAGAAUUAACUCGCCUGGCUCGGACAGGCGCUCUACAUUUUAACUCUAGAUCCAAGGACGUCCAAGAAGACCGGACCGGACUGUUUAAGUCUGGUCUUCCUGCCCAAUGGAUUCUCUCUCAUUGUGCUCCACUCACCAUCUGAUAGGGAUUCAACCCCAUUCACGUACUUGGUUGGUCAUGCCGGAGGGUUUGUUUGUAUUAUUUUGAGUUGCUUAUAUUACAGGCCCCUUACAUCCCUGGGGCAACCAGUGACGAAAUUCAAGUAUCUAUGUGUAGCAUGAAAGGUACCACAGCCACCAGAAAUCCAUGAAGAACUCGAAUAUUUCAGCAGUAUUGUGUUUCAUUAUUUGUCAGUGUUAGUCCAGCGUACACCUUAUCAUGUGCUCUGAUGUGAACAGAAAGAUAAAACGAGGAGAAGAUCAUUUCAUCGUAUUGCAUUUUUCUGUUGGGGAAACAUGAUUUAGCGAAGAAAAGCUGUCAAUUGUGCAUUAUAAUUUUUUUAAAUGAUCAUAAACAAAGGGAAUUUUUUUUUAAAAACAGCAUCAUAUAAAUAAACAUAUCAGUCAGCGACACAAUCAUGAAGACUUGUACCUCUAAUCAUCUGUAAUACAGUAUCAUGUUAGUAAUACAUUAUUAUAAUAAUAUGAAAUGCACUCCAUUUAUGUUAUGAAGGCAAGAUUUUUUAAUGACUGUGGACUACCGAGCCAAACCUGCGUACCACGCUUUUGUGCAGGAUUUCUCAAAAGCCUCAGUGUGUCAUUCCAGCCUCAUUGUCCCUGUACUGUGCUUCACGAACCACACCACUGUGGGGCCGGGGCCCCGUCCCAAUCGUUAUAAUCGGCCCUCCCUCGUCUCCUUUUGCCUCAAGGCCAUCAAGCUAAAGGAACCUUAGUAGCUAGAAGCUAUGCGGUUGGAUUACAUCCAGAAAAUGGCAAAGCAAGGGGGAUUGAACUGUGCUGUCUGAGACUAUGGGAGUCUAAGUAAAUUGAAAUUGUUUGCUCACGUGGAGGAAGGUGUGAGCCUGUGAGAUUUGGGGAAAUAGUAAAGUGUGUAUAGUGUAAACAGAGACCCAGUUGUAUGGGGCAGAGUGCCUUACUGGCAGGAAAGGAUACAGCAUAAAAUAUGUUUUCCAAGACAAGUCAUAGUCCGUAUGUGGACUAUAUUGGAGAUUUAGCAUUUUUUACAUUAAAACAUGCAGCUGUCAUAGUUGUUGGGAACGUCUCUGAAAAUAGCGUCAAUCUGCUUGUGCUUGGUACUAUAGGAAAAGCGCUACUGCUUCGACCGAUUGGUUAGUUCUACAUUUCUGUUUGUUAUUUCACACCAUACAGAUUUUUUUGAGACCAUGUUUUCUUGAAGCGCGUCACAAUUAGCACCAUGACAUAAUACCAGGCAAGUGAAUCAGUCAAGACAUUUGCGUUCAUCAUGCACAGCCUAGAUAAAAACCAGCGUCAUUAAAAGAAGUCCCAGCAUAAUUAGAAAUGAUAACAAAGCUUUUGUGUGUGUACUAAGGUCAAGAACUGUUAUUUUUUUCCCCUGUACUGAGAAAAGAAUGUGAAAUCUUGACAUGGUGUAAAACUCAGUUGAAACUCACUUAUAAUGGAAGUCUAAAGGAAGUAAUUGAAUUCUCUCAGUAAAUUUGUGAAGUACGUGACAGUGCAUGGUGGUGCAUCAGGUAGUGUGUAUUCCCAGGAUUGGCUCUGGAGUCACCACAACUCUGACCAGGAUAAACAAUUACUAAAGAAAAAUGAAUGAAUGUAGAGUUCAAAACUACGAUUACCUUCCCAACUCAAAUAUUUAGUGAAAUCUGUAUUCAGACAGACACUUCCAUGUUUCUUGCCUUUGAAUUUGAUCCCACUUCUGAUACGUUUUAUUAACAUUUAUUGUGUGCCCUGACAACUAGCCUUGGACUUCCAUCAUAAGCUCAUUUUUAAUCAAAUAAUCUUUUCUUCCAUUUUUCAAAUCUGGACGAUGCCAUUGGACACAAGUCAUCCACAGCCGGGCGUCCAAGACAGCAAAAAUUGGCCAUGCUCUCUGGGUGGGAGGAAUGGGAUAUUCUCCUUUCUCUGUCAAUCACAGCAACACUAGCCAAUCAUCUAUGAUUCAUCUAUGAUGUCAUGUAUGCGGAAGAGGGUAGAUAGUGUGUGUCAUGAUCAGCUGUUUGAAAAAGUGAGGCUGGCUGGCUCCACAUGUCUCGGAGGAAGCACGUGUUACCCUUCACCCUCUGUGGUUGCUAGUUGUUUUAUGAUAGAAGAGAGGUGGGUGGGAAUUGGCCAAGACGAAUAUAGUGAGAAUAUUUCUCAGUGCAGGGAAAAGUUCUUCAAAAUUCUUGUCUCUGGUAAUCACAUACUACAGAUUCAGUAGAUAUAGAUAAAGUUGGAAAAUGCCAAUAGAGUUUACUUUAAUAUGCGUUAAAACAUGGUGUUACAAGAGUACUGGAUACAUUGCAAGUACAUUUCUUACUAGAGAAAUGCUAGAUUUUCCCAACUGGAUUUACCAGAGCACAUGAGUCAGUAUAGCUUGUGAAGCUAAUUCUACAUUUUGAAAUCACCCUGCAUAUUUUUCACUGGUACCAGCCUGAGGUAGUAACCUUUCGUCUAAUAACAGCUUUUAGUCUUUAGCUUAACAGCAAGCAUGAUUGAUUGGAUCUCUACAUUGUGUGUAAGAAUGGAAGCUCAGCUACUUUCCGAGCAAGGAGUAAUUUGUGCCAUAAAAUGAUUCUGUAAGACAAACAUUUCUCUCUGCUCUGCCUUCAUGUGCAGUAUGUUCGGAUGAAAGUACAGCGGGUCUCUGCUGCUCUCCAGCCCACACACAGCCUGAUAACUGUGCCAACAGAAGACGAUACUCAAGUACAAGGAGUAUAACUCAGAAAUACGAAACAGUAUGGACUCAGUAUUACAUCUGAGUUCAGUACCGAAGCUGCAUUCAAUUCAAUCACAUAUCAGAGACCUAAAUCUUGGGGGAAAUGUGAAAAAAACAACAAAAAAAACCCAUAAUGUACCACAGUGAAAAUGAAAGUGUUUAUAAGGCCCUGAUAGUUUCGUACCUACGACAUGCAUUUGUACCAGUGACUGAUUCACCGAGUGAUUGAAGUGUGUUAGAUUUAAUUGCUAAUUGCUGUUUACAUGUGGAGAUAUAGGAAGAGAAAGACAGAGCAUCUAUUGCACAGCUCAAGCUUUUCCUGAUGAAGCUGUAUCCUGCCUGCUUUGGGGGGAAAAAAACAAACAAACAAACAAAAAAAAAAAACCAUUUUAUAUUACUGAGGAAAUAUUGAAUCUGUGAAAGAUGGCACAUUCAAGGGGCCCAUUUCAGAUCGAUAUUACUGUGUAGUGUUAGAUGUGUAUUUACCUUGUACAGCUGUACUCCUAUAAAUAUGGUUUAAUGUAUUAUUGAUAGUUUCAAAGACUUAAGUGAUCAAAUAUUUUUAUGAAAUGCAACAGUGCGGAUAUAUUAAAUUUUGCUAAACUCUUGUUUACCUGUAUGAUAUUCUGAAAUACUGUUAAAUAAACUCUUGACAUGGUGUAAAGUAUUCAUUUUAUAGUACUCAUUAUACUCAUGUCCGUUUCUAUGAGUGUGAGCAGUUGUUAAAGGUACUGAACAACACAAAUAAAAGAAAUGAUCAUAAUUA